UCAUAUUAUUACUCAACACAAAUACAACCUUCUCUCAUCAAUUCAAACAUAAAACACAUUCAAAUCUUACACAGAUGGAUGCACUAGAAGCUCUAUCAUCUCUUCAUUGUGAGUUGAAGAUUAUGAAUGCUAGAAACAUCCAACUGGCCAACUCUAGUGGCUACUUGUUUGUUAGAUGCUAUCUUACGGCUGGAAACAACAAAAGGGUACGCGUGGAUAGCCGAGAAGUUUCUUUAAACGGAGACUUAUCUUGGAAUGAAUCGUUCUCCUUGGAUUGCCAAGGGGCGAAGCAAUCAAUGGACAUGAUCACUCACGGAACAAUUGUUUUAGAGCUUCGUCGGAGGAGCAAUUCAAAUGCCUUGUUUGGACGGUCGCAACUUGCAGGAAGAGCCGAGGUGUCUUGGAGAGACGUUUUUGAGUCACCAAACAUGGAAAUGAAGAGAUGGGUGAUGAUGGAAACGAAGAAAAAAGGCGUCAAAGCGCCUUCGCUUUGUGUAGAUAUGAAGAUUGAAGUCCCUUCUAGUGAAGUUAAGGUUGCAAGAAAAAUGAAUAAAUGGAAUGAGAGUUGUGGGUGCUGCCAUGGUGAUUGUUGUAACAAUACAUACAUUGAUAGUGAGUUUUUUCUCAUAGGAGCUGCUUUAGAUGCAUUUUAGAAAUUUCAAGAGUGUAAACAUUAGGAAAUAGAAAGGAAUCAAGAGAGAUAUUCGUUAAGUAGACACUAGACAAGAAGAGAUUGUAGUUAGUUAAUGUACAAGAAAGAAAUGUGAAAAUUUCAACCUUUUUAUCA